UCGGGAACAGUCUGCCGCGGGGGGAGCGCGGACCUCCCUUCCCCGCGCCGAGGAUCGGCCGGGGCAGCCGCCAGGCAAGUUCGCCCCCGAGAGCCCUGGUGCCGCGGGCCGAGAUGCUCCUCCGGGACUUGGUGCUGCGCCGGGGCUGCUGCUGGCCCUCACUGCUGCUGCACUGCGCGCUCCACCCGCUCUGGGGCUUCGUGCAGGUGACUCACGGGGAGCCCCAGAAGUCCUGCUCCAAGGUGACCGACAGCUGCCAACACAUCUGCCAGUGCCGGCCCCCUCCCUUGCUGCCGCCGCCACCCCCGCCCCCACCGCCUCCCCGACUCCUCUCCGCCCCAGCCCCCAACUCUACCUCGUGCCCCGCGGAGGAAAGCUGGUGGUCGGGGCUGGCCAUCGUCAUCGCGGUAUGUUGCGCUUCCCUGGUGUUUCUCACCGUGCUCGUCAUCAUUUGCUACAAAGCCAUCAAAAGGAACCAGGCCUUGUAGGGCAUCAUCUGUGGCCAUGCCUUCCUGCACCAGGGUGCAGAUGGCCUUCUUUGGCUUAGCGGGACCAGCCCUGGCUGGCUCACGGCGCUGCAGACCCAGGCUGGGUUGUAGUGAGCCUCUCUGGCAUUUCCGGAGCCCCACAGGGCACCCAUUAGGUAGGAGGUCUGUGCCGAGGGGAGAGCGCUGGCUGCUGCUAAUCCCCUCCCCCUACCUGGGACAGCUCCCCGCUGCCAGCUUUCCGACCGCAGUAUUGAGAGCUAACAAACACUUAUGGAGCCCUUACUGUAUGCCAGGUGCCCAUCUAAGUGCUUAACCACAUUAACGUAUUUCAUCCUCCCCACAAGCCUAUAAAAUGGACACCAUUCUUGUGCCCAUUUUGUAGACCAGGAAACUGAGGCAGGGAAGGGUUAAGUGGCUUGCCCAAGAUCACACAGCUGGAAGUGGUGGGCCUGGGUUUACUGAGCUAGGAUAUCCCCGUGCUGGGGUAGCGUCACCCUGAAGUCCCCUGCUAGAGGAAGGACAGUGCGAGAAGGCAAGGCAGAGCCAACUCCCGCUGUAGCUAAAACCCCAGAGUCCACUGGGCUUCUGUGCAUCCCAGAAGGGCUUUGGGAGUGGGCUGGGGCAGCAGCCCAGAGGGUACAGUGGUUGAGGGCUCUGCGCUGGUGGAGGAGGGGAACAGACCAGGUCCACUUCUCAGGAGACUCCUUGGAACAGUGACUCCCCCACCCUGACCCGCCCCCCUUGCAGUGCCCAGACUCUUGGAAUGCUCCUGGGGUGGGGGUGGGGGAGGGAGGCUGCGGCAGUCACAGGUGCCACUUCACUGGGUGAAGCCCGUGCCCCUACCCCCUUUCUCCUUUCCUGCCUGGGAAGUGGCUGGGGCCAUUGAGAAGGCUGUGGAGCUGUCUCCUUGCCUUGUCCUCAGUGUCCCUCCAGCCAGGCUUGCUUGCUGCCAGGCCCUCUCUGCCAACCUUUUCCUCCAAGGCUCUGGGGAACACAAAGAGGUCUCCUAGCCAGCAGCCUGGCUUCAGAAAUUCUACCUCUUCUCUUGGCGGAAGAAAUGCUGCUGAUUUCCUACCCUCAUCCGAAACAGGCGGAAACUCUGUACCCUCCAUGCCUUGCCCAUUUCCGUGGGAGAGCCAGACCCCUUUCUUCAUCUCUCCAUGAUCCACUCUGGAAAACCCUUCAGCCUCAUCGCCCCUGAGCCGGACCUGCUCUGGUUGACUUUUUAGACCAAGCCCCAGAUUGAUCAGUUAUUGGGGAGAAAAGCAGUGUGGGUUUGGGCUCCGAGAUUUUUGUCUGUCCCUAUUUCCUGGAACCCCGAUUCCGAUGUCCGUCCUCCCCUUUGUAGAUGGAUGACAAACGGAAAUGCACACCCAGCCCAAUCCCCCAGGCCGUGCAAACUCAGAGUCGGGAACGAAGUCCACCCAGCGAAGUCAGAGCGGCUCGAAGCCCCUGGAAAGGGGUGGGUGGCGGCCCAGGGGAGAGAGGAAGGAGACCGAGGAGAAACAGGCCCAGGGACAGAGGCUGUCAUUUCCACAAGCCCAUCACAAGCAAGGCAACUGUCUGACCCCUACAAACCUGGGGGUUCUGGAAAGUGUCCCUGAGCGCCUCCAUUAAUGGGGUUCUCGGGAUGUGCUGAGUUCAAGCAAAAUGAGAACCCUUGGAGGGCUCUUGAGAAUUUUUGGAGUUCUCCAGGAGGAAGGUGGAGGAUGGCCUUCCCGAGCUGACGGGGCCCCCCAUGUUGGGGGACAACGGCUGCUGGGAAUGCUGACUUAAUGGGAAGAUGUCUGGACCAGGAUAUGGUAGGAGCAGGUGGUGGUCCAGGCCCUGACACCCGCCAGCUGGGGGGUCCUUGGGCAAGUCACAGCUCUCCUUAAGCAUCAGUGUCCCCAUGAAAUGAAUCCCUUAACCCCAGGCCUAGCUCCUUCUGGGGACCCCUGUGAGAAGGGACAAGAAAGUCUGUAACCGAGAGUGCUUUGCACAAAGGGCGAUGGGGCCCCAAGAAGAAGUGCUGGUUUGUAGCUCACAUUUCUAGAAGCCACUGUGACUAAGCCUGACACCCAGAGGGAGUGCACUUUGGGUUUCUCUCUGGGUUUUGUGAGCUAACUCUCCUGCAAGACAGUAGGGAACAGGUCAUAGAUGUGGUCUCGGAGUGUCGCCUCUGAGCAGGCCUGAUAAUCCCAUCCGUGGCACUACUGAUAACCUCCCUUCACCCUGCCUCUCCUCAACUAAUUCACCCAAGACUUCAUCCCACAGGCACCCAGCUGGUCACCGAGUACCCGUCCUCUGCAGCCCGGGUUUGGGGAGGCUCUAGGGACGUUUGAGAAGGCCGAAGCAACCAAUCGCCAGGCUUUCAAAGAUGGCCAGGGACGUUCAAUUUAGACAACACACAACAAAGGCCAGGUCAGGCUCAGCCCCAGACGUCGUGGGGACACAGGAGAUGACUGAGCUUACGACCCCAUGGGCCUCAGAGUCCCCCAGGAGACAGCAGUAUUGCAACAUGGUAUUGGGCUCCAUGGCCUGCGUGGCCGAGAGAGGCUGAAGCCAGCAGGCCUAGCGCCGGGGGGCUGGGGCCUUCCUGAACCAGGCCGGAGAGCAGGUGGGCUUGGAGCCAGGCCAGAGAGUCGGACCGCCACUGCGGAACCCCGCGUGCGAGCAAGAGCCUUCUCAAAGCCUCCCUCCCAGCCUUCCUGAGCCGCGCACGGUUAAGAGAACAGGCUCUCGGGGUUAGACAGCUCUGGAAUGAGCUUCAAGGGGCCCAACGUGAAGUGUUUGAGAAGCACUAGCGUGUGCUCAUCUACUUUGGCCAUUCACCGCCACCACCUCUGCCACCAUCAACACAACCACCAUCACCGCCACUGCCAUCACCAGGACUCCUGACAGCAGCAGCAUCGCCAUCGCCAUUCCCAUCACCACCACCAACACAACCGUAACCACCACCCUUGUCACCACCUUCAUUACCAAAAACACCACCAACACAACCACCGCCGCCCCCCUCACCGUCACCUCCACCACCCACUCCACCAUAACCACCACCAUCAGCACUUCGACCACCAACUCCACUCACGUUACUGUUCCCGCCACCUCAACCCCCAUCGCUAGCACCAGGCUCACCUUCACCACCAUUCUCUAAAUCACGCUUUCCCCGCUCCUCUGACCACAUAGAGACCAGGCUGCAAAAUCCAACCUCUGGCCCCUCUCCUCUUUUUACUCUGCACCCCCAAAUAUUCAUCUUCACAUCUGCUUGCUCAUAAUCAAAGAGCUCAAUCAAAGCCUGACAAUGUCCUACUAGGCUGACUGUACAUUCUCCAUUCUCAUUUGUCCGGAACAGUCCCAAUUCACACCCGUUGUUCCUGCUUCCUUAUUAAAAGUGCCCGUUUCCCUCUC